AUGACAGAGAUUCUCAACAUCGGGGACAAACCGAUCUAUCACAUCGUCAAAAUCGAGACUCACACGUACAAUCCGUAUGCCAACGCAACGUUUGGAUACAGCGAUGAGAUACGAAUACCUAUACAACAUCAAGAUUUGUAUACAUUACCAUGCGAGAGUUUUCUCUACGUCGAGGCGUUCAUGUUCGAUGAGAUUCGCUACGAACUCAACGGUGUGGACAUUGAUCGCAGCAGAAACGCCGGAAUAACCUCCACUCUGAAAAACUAUGUAUCUCUGACGGCAUCAAGGAAUGGGAUGUUGAAGAAUGCUGGAUGGGAUAUCGUGAAUUUUUCAAACGGUGAAGAGGGCCACUUCAACUUUUGCGUACCGCUUAGCAUGCUGCUGGGAUGUUGUGAAGACUACAGGCGUGUGGUGAUUAAUGCACGUCAUGAAUUGAUUCUCAUACGCUCGCGCAACGACAACAACUGUCUAAGAGGAGAUGCCGAGAUUCAGCCUGAGAUUGAAUUACUCAGAGUACAGUGGCGUAUGCCCCACGUCGCAUUGAACGAGAUCAACAAGCUAGCUAUGCUACGAACUCUGGAGAGUGGAAGAUUUCUGAGCAUGAGUUUCCGCUCGUGGGAUCUGCAAGAAUUUCCUCUGCUGCAGAGCACGACUAAGCAUUCGUGGACCGUCAAGGCAACAACGCAACUCGAGAAGCCGCGAUACGUCAUCUUUGCGUUGCAGACUGGUCGAAAGAAUAACAUAACGAGAUCGAUAACUCGAUUCGACGAUUGCAAAUUAACUAACGUGAAACUUUAUCUAAACUCGGAAUUCUAUCCAUACGACGAUUUGAACCUCGAUUUCGGCAAGAAGAGAUACGCCAUCUUGUAUGAUAUGUACGCGCGGUUUUACAAAUCGUAUUAUGGAGGCAAUCAUGAUGAGGUGCUUCUUCCCAUCGACAAAUUUGGAUUUUGCGGCCCCUUCGUCGUCAUCGAUUGUUCGCGACAAAGCGAAUCUGUGAAGACUGCCACCGUCGACGUGCGAUUAGAGUUCGACUGCAUGGAAGACAUACCGGCGAAUACUACAGCCUACUGUCUCAUCAUACACGAUCGCGUAGUCGAAUACAGCCCGUUGACCAACGUUGUGCGCAGAAUCACCUAA